AAAGGAGGCUGCUUGGGGAAUAUCUCUGGAGUCUGAAGUCCACAGAAAUAACCCUUCUGUUUGCUAUGCAGUUAAAAAACCCCCAAAGGUUGUGUUAAACUGGAAUCUCCAAACAAGCCUCCUGUUUGUACUCUGGAAAUCAAUGGUGGUGAAUUUCCCAAGAGAAACAUACUGUAUCUUGCACCUUGUCUUCUGCCAAACCCAGCCUCUUUGGCUUUUGGAGAGUGGCUUGCAGGAGUUCCCAGAAACCUCCAGCUGGCUUGAGGUUACAGGACGCAUCUUCCGGUUAAACCUAGCCAGACGCGGCUGUUGCAAACACACUUUUCACUGGAAAGGGAAAACAGCCACUUGCCUAACCCAUGAAGACGAUGGGAGAACGGGAGAUGUUCCGGCACAGGAGCCAGGCUGUGCUGGCGAUAGCUACGGUCUUCUUCUCCAUGUUGGCUGCAGCCAACAGCCUGCGGUGCUAUCAGUGUGUGGGGAUGUUCCAUGAAUGCGUACAGUCCGAGCAGCUCUGUACGCCCAGGGAUCGCUCCUGCUUCUCAUCCACCAUCAAGCUCUUCUAUACAAACAACUAUGCUGGAGUUUUUAUGCUGCCAGACCUGGAAAUAGCCGAAUACGUCAUGAAAGGCUGCUCUGGGGAGGGCGUAUCCAACCGCACAGCCAAUGUGUACUCUGAAGAUGACCGAGAGGUGCACAAUACUUACUACUGUGACUCAGACCUCUGCAACAUCCGUUUCACAGGCGUUCCGGCCAGUUCUCCCCAGGUGCCCAAUGGCAUGGAGUGUUACAGCUGCUUUGAUCGAGGCACUGGAGAGUGUGCUCCAGGGAAUGCCACCCGGAUCAAGUGUUUGGGGGACAUGAACCAGUGCAUGGAUUUUACUGUGACCGACGGUGCCUGGAAAAUGACCUACCGGACAUGCGGCCUUGAGACACUGUGCCGCCGCCAGUACGUACUCCCAGAGCUCUCAGGAAGGCUGGACAUCAGCUGCUGUUCCACCCCGCUGUGUAAUGAUGGCCGGCCGGGACAGAAGAGCAUCUGUAGCCACUUUUCAGAGCAAGGAGUCAAGCGGAAGCCUGAAAAUGGCCUGGAAUGCGCCAGCUGCUGUGACUCAGGACAAGGGGAAUGUGCCACAGGGAACUGGACUCAUGUCAAGUGCGUUGGGGACCAGAACAUGUGUGUGAAUGUCACAGAGGAAGGCCAGACGUUGCUGCGUGGCUGCAGCUUGGAGAAGCUUUGCUGGGAGAAGCCACAGCUGCUGGGCCUGAGCCGGAAUGCCUCCAUCCGAUGCUGCUCUGGUUCCCUCUGCAACCGCAGCACGGAGCUGACCUCCGGGGCUAUGCUGCUGCACUUGCUGCUGCCCGCUCUCUUGAUGAUGAUGAUGCGACUGCUCUGACGGACACCUAAGGAUGCAUGGACUCCACUGAAAGGGCCAAAGACAGGAGAAGGGCAGAAAGCACUUGACCAGCACUGCAUGCGCAGUUGCAUUCUUGCAGCCAAUGCGCCAUUUUUGUCACCUGCAACGUUGCUCUGGUCUGCCGUGCAUCGCGGGUGCCUGCGCAUUGCAGCAUCUGCUCCAAGAAUGUGGCAGUGUUGCAUGCAAGGCUGGAUUCCACAGCACCCUCUGCGACUUCUGCUUCCUACUUCCCAGACUGGAACUUUCAGGGAAGGGUCAGUUUCCUUGCGAGGGAAGAGAGGAUCUGUUUACAAACGAUGCCAGGAUGGUGGCAAUAGGUUGGCAGAGACACCCAGACUCGUAGUACCAGUCCUGAAAUAAUGUCAGUCUUCCCCAAAGCGACCACACACCCUCGCAUGUGCUUCUCGUCUGCCAACCUCAGAAGCCUUGGCUUCCUUCUCUCUAGCUGCCCUGAUUGAAACUAGAGAACUGUUUCCUUCAUUCCAGGUGUGGUGGCAGGACACAAACAACAGUAACUUGGCAUGGCUACUGUCCAUGGAAGAUCUUUAAGCAGUCACCUCCAUUUCUCGCCUGCUGCACCAAAGCCUAAGAAGAGUGGAGUGGUUAUUGAGCACCUAUCCUGAUUUGCUUGCGCAAAGCUUAAUGCAGAAGUUAGACUAUGGGUGUCAUACUCCCUGGGGAUCUGGGUGCCCGAGCACUCACAAAAUUCCCCAUGAAGGGGCUGGGUACCCACAAAUUUCUGUGCCAGGGCCAUGCACGCUGUGUGGCACCCGCUGCCCCAGGCACCCACGGUCCUGGGGCCAAGUUGGCACUCCUGAUGAGUGUGUUCACAUUAGCGCCUUAGAGUGCAGUGAAGUUGUCCCCCGCAGUGUAUUCAGCUGUUCUCUCCCACCAGGCAUUGUUCACAUCAGCACACCUUCAUUAAUGUCAGAUUUGUUUCUGUUUCUGUACACACCCGGGGGUAUUGACAGGGCAAAGUUUGUCUUUACACUAUGCAAAGGUGGUCCGACCUUGGCUAGAGAUGAAUAAGGACCAGCUUAAGGACUCCAGUCGGCGUGAAGCUCAUUUGAGGAGUAACACAUCACACAGUAGUGUUUUAUUACAAGGUACAGGGUAUGUAUUUUGGACAAGGGAGUGUGAAAUCCAUUAAAAACCUGGCCCUGGAAAUGCAGCAAGCACACGGUAAA